CCCCCUGCUCGGCUAGCUAGUUUAGCUGGUUUGGCUCUGGUGUAGCUAGUUCAAGCGAGCGUUGUUGUGUUGUUUGACAUUGUGUUCCCAGGAUUUUACUCAUCGAAGAUAUACCCGGAACGUAAUGUAAACAGACAAGCGGUCGCAAACGCUGAUUUUUACCUACAUCCAGUGGACGAAAACCCAGCCAGUGUUGUUGACAGGGUUGCUAACUGAAUUGGUGCCGUUAGCGCUAGUUAGCUUUGUUUUUGUUGUCAACAGAAAUUUAACUAGCGAUGUCUGGCGGAGGUGUCAUUCGCGGACCAGCAGGCAACAACGACUGCCGAAUAUACGUCGGGAAUCUCCCCCCGGAUAUCCGCAGUAAGGACGUAGAAGAUGUGUUUUACAAAUAUGGGAAAAUCCGAGACAUCGAUCUGAAAAAUCGAAGAGGAGGACCGCCGUUUGCCUUCGUGGAAUUCGAGGACCCGAGGGAUGCUGAGGAUGCUGUUUACGGACGUGAUGGUUAUGACUAUGAUGGCUACCGCCUGCGGGUUGAGUUUCCACGAAGUGGACGUGGAGGUGGUAGAGGAGGUAGUAGUGGAGCAAUGGGAACCCAAAGGGGAAGGUAUGGUCCCCCUUCAAGGCGCUCUGAGUACAGGGUUAAUGUCUCAGGUCUUCCCCCCAGUGGGAGCUGGCAGGACCUGAAGGACCACAUGCGAGAGGCAGGUGAUGUAUGUUAUGCUGAUGUGUUCCGUGAUGGCACCGGGGUGGUGGAGUUUGUACGCAAAGAAGACAUGACCUACGCUGUCCGCAAGCUGGAUAACACUAAGUUUCGCUCUCAUGAGGGAGAGACAGCCUACAUCCGUGUGAAGGUUGAUGGUCCUCGCAGCCCCAGCUAUGGUCGCUCUCGCUCCCGCAGCCGCAGUCGAAGUCGGAGCAACAGCGGGUCACGCAGCUACUCCCCACGCCGCAGCCGAGGGUCUCCAUGUUACUCUCCCCGGCAUUCCCAUUCCCGCUCCCGCACCUAGACACACCACACCGUAAUUAAACCACCCAGCCAGCUCAACCCAACAACGCACCUCAGCCCGGGGGAGAGAAACUUCAUGACACGGAACAAAUCCUGUAUAGUCCCCAUGGACCAUCUGCUGUGUUAACCGUUUCUCUUGUUGUGUGUUCCUGUUUUUCCAGUUCUCUAUUGUGGUUUUCAUUUUGGUUUCCAUUUUGGCAGACUCUUAUUUGACCAGAUCAGGCUGGAAUUGGCUGAAAUUUUCUGGUCUGUGAUUUUUUGCCCCUGUCUUACCUCUCCCCCCCGACCCCAAACCCCCACCCCCACCCUCCCACCUUUGAACGUCUCUGCUCUUCUAACUGAUCUCUCCUCCUUUCUAUGUAACUUUCCUCCACCGAUUCCAGGAGGUGUGUGAAAAGGAAUGGUACCUUUUUUUAGGUUGCCAUCAUUGUAUGCUUUUAUGUUGUAGUUGUUAUGUUGUGGGUGGGAGGCUCUUCACUUUGUUUGGCCUUGCAUUUAUUAUUGUAUUUUGACCUUCUCGUGUGUCUCUCUGUAGAGUUCAGAGGAGCAGGAUAGGAUGGGACAGAGGAAAAGGAAACACAGUUCAUAUUAGGAUAAACAGGAGGAGGAGGAGUCAAAUAUGGCACCAAUGGUAUGACGGCUGUGGCCUCUCAACUCUGAAAUCUACAUAAGGCUUUAGUUCUUUUUUUUUUCCUUUGUAAAUUCUGAACAUAUGCUUGACAGUAGUCGAGCACUGUUAUUGAAUGUUUUCAGUAGUAACAAUUGAGUUUUGUUUUGCCAUGCUAUAGCUGUUGUAGUUACUUCUGCAUGCCCCUUUUAUAGUUUAGUGUAAAAGCAAAGUUACUUGCCUUCUGUCAGUACCCCCCUAUGGCCCAGUGGUUCUGCUCACCAGUCCUGCAAUUUUUACAAGAGAAAAAGAAAAAGAAAGUUGUAUCAUUAUGGCAUAAUUUCGCUGUAUGUAUUUGAUAUACUACUUUAUGCUGGGAGACCCAAUGGUCUGUAUUUCUGUUUUUGCUCAUGUUUCAGUAUCCAGAAUAAUUAAGUAGGUGUUUUUUUUUUUGUUGUUGUUUUCUGUUCUUAGUUGUCCCAUUUUUGUUUUCCCUGGUGAAUGCUCUCCUAGAUGCAUUUAAUGACAAAUUUUCAUUUAAUUUGUUUUGGUUUUUUUUUUUUUUUUAAAUAUGUGAAGGUGUGAUUCUAACUUGCCUCCUUCUCUUUGGUUCUGCUGGUAUUGAAGGUUUGGACUGGGCUCAUUGUCUCCCCAUUCCGGAGCCGGAUCAGGAUUCAGGAUCAGAUCAGGAUUAGGAUUAGGCUUCAGGAUGGAUACAUGGAGCAGGAGCAUGGCAGCAUUUUACCGGGAGAGGAUCCCGACCCCUGGCCCAGCCUACAUAACCCCAUCAAACCGGAAUCAUUGUAGUACACUAUUCAAUUUCAAUUGGCUUUCACAUAGUCAAAAGAAUUUUUUUUUCCUUUUUUUUUUUUGUGCGGGACCUCAGAGACGCAUUCACUGAUGGGAUCCUGAUGAGAGAUUAUUUUUGUCAGAUAUAAUUUUUUUUUUUUUUUUUAAAUUGAAAGAAAGCGGAGCAAAACUCGGAUCAAAACGAGGAGGCGGGCUGGGAGGUGCAGAAUGGAUCCACGCACGUAAGGAGAGUGGUAAAUAGUGGGCAAACAGUGGAGGAGGGAGGGAAGAGGGAGGACUGGGAGGUAACAAGGGAAUGUGUUGUUAAUGUGGUUUGCAUUUUUUUUCUAGGACAUUCUUUUUCUGUGAGGAGGAUGAGCUCUCAUUUUGCUAAGUAUAAUCUCCAUUAUCUUGAAGCUUUGAUCUGUGUCAAUAAAAGUUAAUUCAUUAAUAGUUAAA